AUGCUAUUAUUCAUUGACAGCCUCAAGCUCGGUCCACUGACAGUUGUUGCGGUUGGGGUGACACUGGUCCUGUCAGCCCCGAUCGGCUAUCACGCGUUCAUUCGUGACGGUGACCGCGAUUUGUUGUCGUCCCUGAAGAGACUUGUCCGGCGAGCUCCCCGAUAUAUCCACUCAGAACUGCACGAAGGCUCGUUCCGGCUGCUUCAUCUUCUUCCAGGACGAGAUGGCGAUCCCGUUGAAGUGAAACUCACUGUCGCCUCGAUCUCUGACCCGCCGGAGUAUCACGCGGUAUCGUAUGCGUGGGGUGACCUAAGGGAUAACGCAUACAUCACCUGUGAUGGGAGCGAGAUACAAAUUACGAAAACGCUAUUUGAGGCACUCAAGCGAUGGCGUCGCCCCGACAAAGUGUACACGCUCUGGGCAGACUCAAUCUGCAUCGACCAGCAUAACACAAUGGAGAAGACGCACCAGAUAGUACGCAUGACGGAGAUCUACUCAAGAGCUGCUUCUGUUCUUAUCUGGCUCGGAAGCGACGACAAAGACGUGGAUGGCGUAGUGGAACUCGUCGACCGGGCCUUGGAACUCAUACCGGAAGUUGUAGACGACCCAAAGAAAAAUAGAGAAAGCGCGGAACUCCUUGGGCAUCGGAUCGCCGAGGGGGGUGAAACGGACGAGCUCACGACCAACCAUCUCGACUGGAAGCCUCUCAGGUCGCUCCUGAAUCACAGCUGGUUCGAGCGAAAAUGGGUCUAUCAAGAGGCAGUGCUCAACGACAGAACAUGGAUGUACUGCGGCAAGCUCGAGAUGCCUUUUGAGUCUGUGGCAGAGCUUGCUUUACGCAUGGCAACAUUCGGCAUCCAGGCACUACCGAAUGAUGGUUCGCUCUCGGACCAGACGGUGGCUUUUAUCCCUGGGCGACUGUACAACCUCUCCAUGAUGCGUCUCAGCCAUUGGUAUCGGGGAACCACGCCGAUAACGCUGAUGGACGGGGUUAAAGCGACUAGGUCAUUCUUCUGUAGCAACCCUAGAGACCACAUCCUUGGUAUACUAGGACACGCAUCAGAUGUCGAAAAAGACAGCAUCAUCUCUCAAGACAAUCUGUACUCCUUGUCAGUACAAGAGAGUUAUUUGCGCUUCGCCCGCUCCCAGCUUUUGGAGAAACACAACUUCGCCGUCCUAGCGUUGGCGCCGCAAAAGCUCAUCACUGACGCACUAGCCCCUUGGUAUCUUCGCCCGUAUAUUCGGUGGCAGAAGCGGCGUCUUCCAGGUUUGCCCUCGUGGGUUCCUGAUCUGCGAAACCAGGAGAUCGACACACUGCCAAGUUACACCGUCCGAUAUGGAAAGUUCUCUGCUGGUGGGGCUACGCCGGGGAGAGUCGAAGUCGUAGACGACAAAAUUCUCGAGUGUACGGGCAUGUUCAUCGACACGGUCAAGCAAGACGGUAUCUUCUGUCCAGAGCUGCCGUUCCCGCCGAAGCCCAAGCGGGUGCCAUUCCCAUUAGAUCAGCUAGGCAGCUAUCAUUCUCGCAACGCGUGGAGGUCCCUCAACUUUUAUAGACAAUGUGUAAAGCUCGCUUGCGGUUCCGAGGAUAUCGACGAGAUGUCUCCCGAGAGACUCGACUCUUUCUGGCGGACUAUGACUUGCGAGAGAAGCCAGCUCAGCGACCGUAUCGAUGUUGACAUGUCGGAUCAUCUGAAGACGAUGAUAAAGGGUAUAGAAGUAUGGCUCAACUCGGAGGACGUGGAGGAGGCGGAGAGGGCGCGGGUUCGGUUCAUUUUGUCUGCGCAGUCGGUCGAGAUGAGUGUGCUGUCCGCCGCAACCCCUAGGAGAUUUUCGACUACGGCAGAGGGCAGACUCUGCAUGAUACCGAGGGAGGGAAGAAAAGGCGAUCGGGUGUGUCUUUUACUUGGGUCUGAGGUGCCAUUUGUCCUCAGGCCGACUGGAGCCGGAAUGUACGAGAUGGUCGGAGACGCCUACGUGAGUGGAGUCAUGGAUGGGGAGGCACUCGCAUCCGGCAAGUAUCCUGAGACAAAGGUAACAUUGGUGUAG